CAAAACUUGCUAAUCCUUGUUAUUCCACAGUAUUGUUGGUUUGUGUUGAAGAUGGGUGGAAGGCCCUUUCAACGUUUUCUUGGCUUUUUCCUGCUUUUGCUGUGUUUCAAAGCUGGGUUGGGAUCCAGUUUGAUGGUGGGUGAUGCUAAAGUUGGGUGCACAGAGAGGGAGAGACAGGCUCUCCUUCACUUCAAACAAGGCCUUGUCCAUGACUAUAGAGUUCUUUCUUCAUGGGGGAAUGAGGAAGACAAAAGAGAUUGUUGCAAAUGGAGAGGAGUGGAGUGUAACAACCAGACGGGUCAUGUGAUCAGCCUUGAUCUUCAUGGAACGGAUUUUGUCCGAUAUUUGGGAGGUAAGAUUGACCCUUCACUGGCAGAGUUGCAGCACUUGAAGCAUUUGAACCUUAGCUUCAACCGGUUUGAAGGAGUUCUUCCCACUCAACUCGGAAAUCUUUCCAACUUGCAAUCCCUUGAUCUCGCCUAUAAUUUGGGAAUGACCUGUGGAAACCUUGACUGGCUUUCUCGUCUUCCUUUGUUAACACACCUUGACUUGAGUGGGGUUGAUCUUAGUAAAGCAAUCCAUUGGCCACAAGCAAUUAAUAAAAUGCCUUCCCUAACUGAGUUAUACUUGAGCCAUACUCAGCUUCCUUGGAUUAUUCCAACAAUAUUCAUUUCCCAUACUAAUUCUUCUACUUCUCUUGCUGUGCUUGAUCUCUCCAGGAAUGGUCUCACUUCUUCAAUAUACCCAUGGUUGUUCAACUUCAGUAGUAGCCUUCUUCAUCUUGACCUCUCUUAUAACCAUCUAAAUGGUUCAUUUCCGGAUGCAUUUACGAACAUGGUUUUUCUGGAAUCUUUUGUUCUCUCUCGGAAUGAACUUGAAGGUGAGAUUCCGAAGUUCUUUAGUGUCAGUUUCGUUCAUUUGGAUCUUUCUGGGAACCAGCUACAUGGUUUAAUUCCAGAUGCUUUUGGAAACAUGACUAUUCUCGCAUAUCUUGAUCUCUCCUCCAAUCAACUUAAAGGUGAGAUUCCGAAAUCCUUGAGUACCAGCGUUGUUCAUUUGGACCUUUCUUGGAACUUGCUGCAUGGUUCAAUUCCAGAUGCUUUUGGAAACAUGACUACUCUGGCAUAUCUUGAUCUCUCUUCCAAUCACCUUGAAGGUGAGAUUCCGAAAUCCUUGAGUACCAGCUUUGUUCAUUUGGAUCUUUCUUGGAACCAGCUGCAUGGUUCGAUUCUUGAUGCUUUUGGAAACAUGACUACUCUGGCAUAUCUAGAUCUCUCUUCGAAUCAACUCGAAGGUGAGAUUCCGAAAUCCUUGAGUACCAGCUUUGUUCAUCUUGGCCUCUCUUAUAAUCAUCUCCAGGGUUCAAUUCCGGAUGCUUUUGGAAACAUGACUGCUCUGGCAUAUCUUCAUCUCUCUUGGAAUCAACUUGAAGGUGAGAUUCCAAAAUCCUUGAGAGAUUUAUGUAAUUUACAGACAUUAUUCUUGACUAGCAACAAUCUCACUGGACUGCUGGAAAAAGAUUUUCUGGCCUGCUCUAAUAACACAUUAGAGGGUUUAGAUUUAUCUCAUAAUCAACUCAGAGGGUCAUGUCCUCAUCUUUUUGGAUUUUCACAGUCGAGAGAGUUAAGUCUUGGAUUCAAUCAACUAAAUGGAACUUUACCUGAAAGUAUUGGACAACUAGCUCAAGUUGAAGUGUUGUCCAUUCCUUCAAAUUCAUUGCAAGGUACUGUGUCGGCAAAUCACCUUUUUGGUCUCUCCAAACUGUUUUACUUGGACUUAUCUUUCAACUCCCUUACAUUCAACAUAAGUCUUGAGCAAGUUCCCCAGUUUCAAGCCCUAUAUAUAAUGUUGCCCUCUUGCAAAUUAGGCCCACGUUUUCCUAAUUGGCUACACACUCAAAAAGGUCUGCUAGAUCUUGAUAUCUCUGCUUCUGGAAUUUCAGAUGUCAUUCCCAAUUGGUUUUGGAAUUUAACUUCACAUUUAGCAUGGUUAAACAUUUCCAACAAUCACAUCUCAGGCACUUUGCCCAAUUUACAAGUAACAUCUUAUUUGAGAAUGGAUAUGAGUUCAAAUUGCUUGGAAGGCUCAAUACCACAAUCUGUUUUCAACGCUGGAUGGUUGGUUCUCUCCAAGAACUUGUUUUCAGGGUCAAUUUCUUUAUCAUGCAGGACAACUAAUCAGUCUAGUCGGGGUUUGUCUCAUCUUGACCUCUCAAAUAAUCGAUUGUCAGGAGAACUACCCAAUUGUUGGGGCCAGUGGAAAGAUUUAAUUGUUCUUAAUUUGGCAAAUAAUAAUUUUUCUGGGAAAAUUAAAAAUUCAGUUGGCUUGUUACACCAGAUUCAAACAUUGCAUUUACGCAACAAUAGUUUAAUUGGAGCAUUGCCUUUGUCCUUAAAGAACUGCAAAGAUUUGCAUCUUGUAGAUUUUGGAAGAAAUAAAUUAUCCGGAAACGUACCUGCAUGGAUGGGAAGCCUAUCAAGUUUGAUUGUUCUCAACCUAAGAUCCAAUGAAUUUAAUGGAAACAUACCUUUAAAUCUAUGUCAACUAAAAAAGAUUCAAAUGUUGGACCUCUCAAGCAACAAUCUAUUUGGUACCAUACCAAAAUGUCUCAACGAUUUAAUUGCUUUAACUCAGAAAGGGAGUUUGGUCAUUGCUUAUAACGAAAGACAGUUUCAUUCAGGUUGGGAUUUCUCCUAUAUUGAUGAUACAUUGAUUCAAUGGAAAGGAAAAGAGUUAGAGUACAAGAAAACUCUUGGGCUUAUAAGGAGCAUUGAUUUUUCAAACAACAAAUUAAUCGGAGAAAUUCCUGUAGAGGUAACCGAUUUGGUAGAAUUGGUGUCAUUGAACUUAUCAAGAAACAAUUUGACUGGAUCUAUUCCUUCUAUGAUUGGUCAAUUGAAAUCAUUGGAUUUUCUUGAUCUAUCUCAAAACCAGCUUCAUGGUAGAAUUCCUGCUAGUCUUUCUCAAAUAGCCGAUCUAAGUGUUUUAGACCUAUCAAAUAACAACUUAUCAGGCAAAAUUCCAUCAGGCACUCAAUUACAAAGCUUUAGUGCCUCCACAUACCAAGGAAAUCCUAGACUUUGUGGGCCUCCACUCUUGAAGAAGUGUCUAGGAGAUGAAACUAAGGAAGCCUCCUUCAUUGAUCCAAGUAACAGAGACAACAUUCAAGAUGACGCAAAUAAGAUAUGGUUUUCUGGAAGUAUUGUUCUUGGAUUCAUCAUCGGAUUUUGGGGAGUUUGUGGCACUUUACUACUCAAUAGUUCAUGGAGACAUGCCUAUUUCCAGUUCUUGAACAAGAUAAAAGAUCGGUUGUACAUGACAACAACAACAAUAACUAUGAAUAGACUACGGAGGAGUUUCCAAAGUUAAAUGAACUUCAAUUGGGUUGCAUUUCAAGGAUUAGUGGGUGAUAUAUGCUUGUGAGUAAUGGAUUUAUAUAGUAUGGGACAAUUUGAAUGUAAGAGUAUUUGUGUCUAUUUAGUUUGUCAUCUUAUAAGUAACUUUGGCAUGUAUUAAGUUAAUUUCUUAUGUUAUAUUCUGCGUCAAGCCUUUUAAACAUAUUAAUUCCUCCAUAUCAUAUGUAAGGCUUGGUAUUUUGGUGCUCCAUAAUUGAUUUAGUAUUUUGUGUUUUGGUUUGUUAUUCCCUUCAUAGAAUCAAAUAUAUUAGAGAAAGAUAUCAAGUUCUUUGUGGUGCAUUUGUCGAAAAUACUUAGCAUUAGAAAAAUAUUUUCUUUUGAUAAAAAACAAAGUUUAUUUUUCCUGUGGUGCCAUGCUACAACAUAAAGCCAUAGCAUGAAAUGUGAUAUGGUAAGAUUAAGAACAGAAAUAGAACACUCUGUUUUUUUGGUGCCCAAGCAUGGAAGCUACUGUAAUACAACGAGACAGCUGGUUAGAAGAAAACAAAAUUUAAAAUAGAGUUUUGAUGACCAAUUGUGAAACAAAAUGCAGAUAAUCGGAAAUUUGAAAUGAAUUACCUGAUGUUUGGUUUUUCGAAAAAAUUGGGAAAGCGUAACGAAAAUGCUGGCAUUAUUAUAUUUUUUCGGUUAUCAAGAAAUGAAUGAUUGUAUUUGCAUUUUUUUUGUGGGGAAUCAAAAAGUUGACAUGACAUAAUAUGGGUGUAGGUAUGAGAUCCUUGUUGGAUCUUUCAAAUUUUCUAGUAAUAUUUAUACAAAGGAAAAAAAAGAGUUAGCUAAAAAGUGAAUUUUUGUAAAAAUAUUUAACGAUCAGAAGAAAAAACAUGGAUUAGAGGGGGAAAAUUGGAGCUUUUAAUUGAAUGUUUUUGCUUAUAAUUUAUUUUUAAUUGAUUUUUCUUUAUUAUGUCAUAUCCCAGUACCCAGUUUUUUGGAUCUUUAGCCGAGUCUCCUAAACUUUGAGUUGUGAAGAAUCAAACACUUACCCGCAUCCGACAUACACACCUAAGACCCAUGAAACAUAGGUUUUAUCACAUUUCAUGUCCUUUUUAUUCCUUUUUGUUACGAUUCAUUGAGAUCCACAGUGCAGACCAGUGUUCAAACAAGUACGCAAGUGGAACAUUACAAAGAAGAUCCCAACUUGGUGUUAAAUGCUGCGUAGGUUUUGGUGUUUCUCACAAUGGCUAUUGAGGCUUCAUCCACUGAUAUUCCACAACAGAUAACAGGAGAAAAGAAGCUCUAUACUUCAUAGGACACAACAGAUAAUGCUUGCAGAAAUGUGUUUUUGGAGCAGCAAUCAGAUGUGUAAAAGCCUUUAUAUUUGGGAACACUCCUCAUUCAUUUUCCUUGUUCAACUCAUAAUUCUAACGGAGAUGACUACAUAUUGAGCCAAGCGUUCACAGAGGACGACUGGAAAUUGGUCCAGCUUGUGCUUACUUUGCUUCGGAACAUUUUAGCUAUUCAAGACAUCCCAUUGCAGCACAAGGCUGGGGAGAGCAUGCCAGUCAAAUUUUCUCCCCGAGAGACUGAUUCCAUGAGAGUUGAUAUUCCCAGAAUGUUGGUGUUCUUGCAACUAUCUCUGUCAAGACAACCUGCUUUUAUUGGAAAUUUUCCAUUACAUGUUUAUGGGUCAAGAGCUAGAGUUGCUUGGUGAAGCACAUCUAAAUCACUCCAAGUGGAUGGGACAGCAAAGCUUCACAUGAUAGUCUCAAGUCCAUUAUGGAAGAGGAUGAAGAAAAAGAAAAACAUUCCAGGCCACGCAAGUUGAGUUGUUCUUUGUAUUUCUGUGGAGCUUGUACUCAGGUUACAAUGACUUCUCCUUAAAAUUGUGAGCCAACUUAUGGAGUAAAUAGGCUCGGAGGUUGCAAUCUUUUCACAAAGCAUAAUUAUCUCUAAGGAAAACUAGCUAGGAGACUCCUUCCAAAAUGGGAUAGGAAGCAUUCAACCACUUCGAAUGAGGGGGUUAGUUAUUGAUGAUCCCUAUGGCAAUGUUGUUACUAAAGAUGUCACCAACAGAAUGCUGAAAAUAUCAUUUAGACAAUUCUGAAAGUGGAAACUCAUUAUUGAAGCUGGUUUUUUCGUUUAUGGGGGCUAGCCUCUGACCUUUGGUUCUUAUGGAUAGACACACCCAAUCUAGUGAGGUGGAAGCUACAGGAAUCAAAGACAAAGUUGCUUUCAAGCAUGUCAGUUUGGAUGGCAAUUCAGAAGAUGAAAUUAUUGCCUUUAGCAGUGGAAAACAGUUGAGGGUUGCAGCUGCCAACUAUAUGAAUAACUCACUACAUCAGCAAUUAGCUGACGAAUUGGCUGAUUUAGGGGGUGAUGCAGCUUCCAUUGUAUUACCAAUAAAUUCUAUAACUAGAAGAAAGUUGAGGAUGAUAAGUUAGGUAAUUGGUUAGGUUUGUAAAUUCAUUUUUGUCAUCUAUAAAUAGGAUUUAUUCAUCCUCAAGAUUCUAUAAACUAAAGAUCCUAAUAGUAAUGCAUUUUUUUUUCCUGAGAAUUGCAUGGGAUAUUAGUCUUAACUCUUGGAGAAUAUCCUAAAACGAAUAUGAUUAUUACUCUA